UGGUCAAAAUUGCUUUUCAAGGGGGGGGACUGCAAACUUCAACGAGACGCGAUUCAAAAACUUCAAGUAAGCAAAUCCGGAAAGAGAGAGAGAAAGAGAGAGAGAGAGAGGUGAUUUUGAAAUUAAAUUUUCACUCUCCUUCUCCCUUAUCCACCGGCUUUUUUUUCUUUCUCCGACGGUGUAUUCGUAUCGCCGGAGUUAACAGCUGUUCUGCUCACAAGUACACUUUCCUCCGCCGGUCAGUUUCCGAUCUCUCGAAUCGGUGUUCUUCGUUUUUUGAUACUGAGAAUCUGUCUGCUGCUGAAUCAUCGUCAUCAUCAUCAUCAUCAUCAUCAUUUCUUCAAGAUGAUUGGAUCGUUUCUUACGAGAGGAUUGGUGAUGUUGUUGGGUUAUGCCUACCCUGCCUACGAAUGCUACAAGACUGUUGAAAAGAACAGGCCUGAAAUUGAGCAACUUCGCUUUUGGUGCCAGUACUGGAUAUUGGUUGCUUGCUUGACAGUCUUUGAGAGAGUUGGUGAUGCCUUUGUUUCAUGGUGCCCUUUCUUAUCAUAUUCCUCUUCAUCUCUCUCUCUCUCUCUCUCUCUCUCUCUCUUCUUAUCUUUGUCUCCAUUUCUUCUCUCUAGGGUUCCAAUGUACAGUGAAGCUAAGUUAGCAUUCUUCAUCUACCUGUGGUAUCCUAAAACCAGGGGCACUACCUAUGUCUACGAGUCCUUCUUUAGGCCUUAUCUCUCACAGCAUGAGAGGGACAUAGACCAUAGUUUGUUGGAGCUAAGGACAAGAGCUGGAGAUAUGGCUGUUAUAUAUUGGCAACGUGUUUCAAGCUAUGGUCAGACCAGAAUCUUUGAGAUUCUCCAGUAUGUUGCUGCACAAUCAACUCCAAGGCCGCCGCAGCAACCUCAGAAACGUGGAGGCAGAGCUAAUCAAGUUCCUGUGAAGCCUAAGAAAUCCCCUAGCGUUCAACCAGAAUCUGAAGAAGCAGCGUCGUCCAGCUCAUCUUCAAGCGACAGUGACGGUAAUGAUGCUGCCGGUAAAGAAGCAGGCCCUACUUCUGGACCAGCCACAGAUACCAAAAGCGCGGGUAUCACUCAGAUAGUACAAAAGUUAGUCUCUUCCCCUCCAACCCAAUCAACCACCCAAGUGGAAGCGGAACCAAUGCAGAUAGAAGAAGUGGGAGGAGAAGGGGAAGCGGAAUCAGUGAAUGGAAACUCGAACCCGGAAGGUCCAAAGGAGACGGUAAUGGAGCAGACAAUCAGGAUGACUCGUGGGAGGUUGAGGAAGACGCGGUCAGAGGAAAGCCGUUGAAAUUAAAAAAAAGUUCAAAAAUUGUUUACUACUUUCAUUACGUUUCUCUCGCUGUCUCUAUGCUGCUUCUAGAAUUAUGUCGACAGGAACUAAACUAGUGGGAAUGCUUGUAUGAAAAGUAAAUCUGCUUCUUGUUUUUUUUUUCUUUCUUUUAUUCAAUUCGUUGCGUUAGGUGUA